AUGUCCCGACAAGAAAAGAAGGCUCAGUCUCUGAAUAUUGUUACUGGUCAACUAACACCUGAGGCACAUGCUUCGGUAGGAUCCAAGGAAUGUUCAGCCUCUACGGUACCAAUCUCCGAGAGUACUUGUCUUCUAGUGGCACGGCACAAAGCGACAACUGCAAUCGGCGCUGCGAGUGUCAAACAGCGCCAACCAUCUGUCGGGGAAGCGUCACCUGGUAUCACACAUUAUGGAUCGGCACAAUCCAGUAUCACUUGGGUGGGACACACGCUGGUUGGAGAGCCAAAUACAGGGGAGGACGUUUCUGAUGAUUGGCUGCACAGGAAUCCAACUUACGUACGGGGAGCGAGGUCGGCUGAACACAAUAGUAACGUGUUACGGACUGGAGCGAGGUCGGCUGAACACAAUAGUAACAUCUUACAGACUGGAGGAGAGCACGGGCAAUAUGACUUUGUGCCCACGAGUUUUAUCUUCAGUCCGUCCAUUGAACCACAAGAUUCAGCUGCCCGCUACGAGAUGGAGCGCAUUCGUAAGAGAACGAAAUACUCGGAAAUGAGCAUGGACCAGAAAUAUGCCUUAUUAUAUCGGGUUCGCGAGUACAAGAAAAGAAAGCAGACGACUUGUGCCUCAUCCGACCAGUACGACCAUGCUGUGAGAAUGAACACAAGGGCAUAUGCUUUGUUGGGUGGCAUUCAUUUACUUGCUUUAUCCAUAGGAACUGGAGUUCAAGGACACUACUGAGCUUGAUUUCUCCUGUAACCAUUGCAAAGGGGUGAAUUACAUUUUGGGCAUAUGUUCAUGUACUAUUUAGGCUCAGAAUUAUUUUUAACAGUUUUUUGACA